AUGCCAACAACGCCAUGUGAGCAGUACCCCGAUACCGAACAACCCACCAAAACAACCAUAUUAGCAGCAAACAGAACGAGACGCAACUUCGCACGUUUGGCUUGCCUUGCCACGUCGUUUGCGCAUGCGCGCAGGCCCGUGGACGCGCUUGUUUCCUUGGCAGCCGUCAGCUUGUAUGAGGCGAAACCAUUUGGGGCAAAAGGGGGUGACGGAAGAGGCAAGGAACGGAAUGAAAGGGAAGGCCAAUUGGCCGGCAGGGUGAAGAAGCCGUCGGCGGCAUCGGACGUAGCCAGCAGAGUCGGAGGCGGCGUAGGCAGCUGCCGUUGA